UUUCCCUCUCUCUGUCUCUCUCCACCGGAGUCGACAUUGCGACCAUGAACAUCUCCACUCUCAGGUUCGACUCCAACCCCACCUCCACCCCUCUCCACGGGGCUUUCACUCCUCUCAAGCCGCCUCCUCCUUCUCUCUCCACUCGCCGCACCUGCCCCGUCAUUGUCUGCUCGGUGAAGCGGCCGGGGGCCGCCGCCUCCGUCAGCGUCGCCCCCGAGUCGCCGGCGGGCCGAAUCGGAGGCCUGAGCCAGGUGUCCGCCGUGUUGGGUUGCCAGUGGGGCGACGAAGGCAAAGGCAAGCUCGUCGACAUCUUGGCCCGCCAUUUCGACAUCGUCGCUCGUUGCCAGGGUGGAGCUAAUGCUGGGCAUACAAUUUAUAAUUCAGAGGGUAAGAAGUUUGCUCUUCACCUUGUUCCAUCAGGUAUUCUUAAUGAGGAUACUCUAUGUGUCAUUGGAAACGGAGUUGUAGUGCAUCUGCCUGGAUUAUUUAAAGAAAUUGACGGAUUAGAGGCCAGUGGAGUCUCCUGCAAGGGAAGGAUUUUAGUGUCCGAUCGUGCUCAUCUGCUAUUUGAUUUCCAUCAAUUAGUGGAUGGCCUUAGAGAAGCAGAGCUUGCUAAAUCUUUUAUUGGAACAACCAAAAGAGGAAUUGGACCUUGUUACUCCAGCAAAAUGAUUCGAAAUGGAAUCAGAGUGAGUGAUCUCAGGCACAUGGAUACUUUUCCUCAAAAGCUUGACCUUUUAUUAUCAGAUGCAGCUUCAAGAUUUCAAGGCUUUAAUUAUGGUCCUGACAUGCUCCGGGAGGAAGUAGAAAGAUACAAGGGAUAUGCAGAAAGGUUGGAGCCUUUCAUAGCAGAUACUGUGCAUUUCAUGAAUGAUUCCAUAUUGCAAAAGAAAAAGAUAUUAGUUGAAGGUGGUCAAGCUACCAUGUUAGAUGUUGACUUUGGAACAUAUCCCUUUGUAACCUCCUCAAGCCCCUCAGCUGGUGGAAUCUGUACCGGUCUUGGCAUUGCACCCAGAGCCCUUGGUGAUCUAGUUGGAGUUGUUAAAGCAUACACAACAAGGGUUGGUUCCGGUCCUUUCCCAACGGAAAUAUUGGGAAAAGGGGGUGACGUGCUCAGAUUUGCUGGGCAGGAGUUUGGCACAACUACUGGUCGUCCUCGUCGUUGCGGAUGGCUCGACAUUGUUGCACUGAAGUACUGCUGUCAGAUUAAUGGCUUUUCAUCUCUAAAUUUAACUAAACUGGAUGUUCUAUCUGAUCUUCCCGAAGUUCAGUUAGGGGUUGCUUAUAAACAAAUUGAUGGCACACCGAUCGAAUCCUUUCCAGCAGAUCUGCGUCUCCUUGAGCAAUUGAAGGUGAAGUAUGAGGUUUUACCUGGUUGGACGUGUGACAUCUCUUCUGUCAGAAGCUACUCCGACCUUCCAAAGGCUGCACGGCAGUACGUGGAAAGGAUUGAAGAGCUCGUGGGUAUACCGAUCCAUUACAUUGGUGUCGGACCUGGACGGGAUGCCCUUAUUUACAAAUGAUGAAGGAUCUGUUCCUCCCCCAACAUGCUGGAUUAGUGCAUUGCCAAAGACAGCAAAAUAUAUUUUAACUUGAAGGAAAAUUUUGCACUAUUCUUCUGUAUUUUCUUGGGUAAGAAGAUUAUCCCAUGUGGGCUUAACGUUGGAAUCAUGUGCCCUCGAUUCUUACUGGUGGCUGCUUUCUCAUGGUUA